AUGAUUCUAGAUUUUAGCUAAAUAAAUUACUAAUAUAUUAAUAGAUUUACGAUAGAUUAUUUUAAAGAAUUCCUUCUCUUCUAAAGCCAUAAUAUUUCAUAUAAAGAAAUAGAUACUUCUUUAUUUAUUACUUACAAAUUUAUUGACCCUACUUUUUUACAUAUCCCAUAAAAUAUUUAUGGUGCUAAUUUUAAUUAAAAUUAGCAUAAAGAAAAAUAAGUUGUAUGGCUGCAGCCUGAAGAUAUUUCCAGAUAUAACUAAAGUGAAAGCUAUUGUUCUUUUAAUGACAAAAAUAAAUUUGUUCUUUUUGAAUAAAUAUCACCAUCUAACAUUAUAUAAGGUGAAUCUAUGAAUUGUUAUUUUUUGGCAGUGCUUUAAUCUCUUUGUCUGAAUCCACAGUUAAUUAAGUCAAUAUUCGACUUGCAGUAAUCAAAACCAGAGAUCGGAUUGUAUUGUUGCAAAUUUUAUUCUAAUGGAUAUGCUGAGAAUGUUAUAAUUGACGAAUAUCUUCCUUGCCAUAAUCAUAAUAAGAAAUUAAUUUACUCCAAGUUCUAUAAAAACUCUAUAUGGGUUGCUUUACUAGAAAAAGCAUGGGCAAAAAUGAAUGGAAGCUACUUUGAUGCUGAGCAGCUUCUCAUAGAAGAUGCCAUGGAAAAUAUUUUUCCUUAUCCAACGGAAGGAUUUUGGAUAAAAGACUUUACAAAAUAAGAUUUACUAAAUAUCUUGCAGAAGAGUAUAAAGAAUAAUUAUAUAAUAGUAGUUACAACAAAAGUAGAUUUGAAAGAUGAAAAUAUUAGCUUAAUUUAAAAUCAUGCUUAUUCUUUUCUCUCUCUUUAUAUCUAUAAAGGACAAACUAUUAUAAAACUAAAGAAUCCUUGGGGUAAAAAUGAGUGGUAAGGAAAAUUAUAGAAAUCAAAUACUCAAAAGGUAAAAGAAUUAAAAUAGGCUUUAGGAAAUUAUUUUGAUGAUGAGAAAGAUGGUAUAUUGAACAUGACACUUAAGGAAUUUCAAUAAUAUUUUGCUUAUGUCUGUAUUCAAUAUUUUGAGGCUGGUUAUUAAUAUUCUUCGAUAAAAAUAUAGCUAAUGAAUAGAAAAGCAAAAUAUUAUAAAUUUAAAUUGAAUUUUAAAACGAAAUUAUGUUUAAGAUUGAUACAAACUACUAAAAAAGAUUUAUCUUGUUAAAAAAUUGAAUUUAGACUAUUUAAAAUAUCUAAUAAUGAAGUAUCCUAAGUAUUUUAUAAUGGUUAAGACUGUUGGGAAUCUAAUAGGGUUACUUACGUUCAAUCUAAAUCUUCUUUUGUUGAUUUAGAUAAAGGAGAGUAUGUAAUUAAAGUAAAAAUAUAUAAAGACGAAAAAAUUAAAGAUGGGCUUGAAGAAGUAGUACUGUCAAGCUAUUCUUCAGUAAACUUAAAGCUUGAGUUACUAAAUAGAAUUCAAGGUAAAGAAAUCAAUAAUAAUUUCCUGAAAGAUUUUUUCAAUAAUAUAAAACCUAUUUAAGUUAGCAGCUAUGGUGUUAUUUAAGAAGGAUGGGAUAAAUAUUAUAGAUAUUUAUUAAAAAUAUAAAAUAAAGGGAAGUAAUCAAUAACUUACUUGAGUAACAUAUUGUUAAAAUCUAAUUUAAUGAUUUCUAAUCCAGAAAUUUAAAUAAUAAACAAAACAUCAUUUAAAGUAGAGUUGCAGCCAAGCUAAAUAAAAUUGAUUAAAUUUAAAAUAAAAAAACCUAUCAAAAAAGCAAAAAUUUUAAUAAAUCACUAAUUUUAGUGA